UCUGCUGUAUGUUCACUGAUCAUUGUUGUUUAUUUUACAUUAUCAAUAUUCUUAAAAUUUCUUAAAUUUUAUUAAAGCUAAGGAGGUUCAUAGUCAACGAUUAUGUUCCAUGAUGAGAAAACGAACAUGAUACUAACUCAACAUUUCAACUUGUGUUUAAUAUUUGUAAUCAAAAUUUCAAACAGAACCUUCUAAAGUUAAAGUGAAACACAAACCUCAAAUUAAAGCAUGUACUCAUUUAGUUCGCGGUUUGUAUUACUUAUAAUGACUAAUCUGUAUUCUAGCCCUUUUGAAGAGUUGUCUAUACUCUUUCGAACAAUAAUUUUUUGCAACAACAUAUUUGAAUCGAAACGUUGAAACUGAUAACUUUUGAAAACGUAUUAAACAAGGGUUUAUUAGAUAAAUAAUAUCGAAAAUAUACCAUGGGAGAAUAUAUAACCCUAAUUCUUAAGCAAAAACACGUACAAGUGAACAAGCAAAAGCUUGCAAGUAGAAGCCGCUACUUUGCGUCUCUUUUUUCACACAAUUUUAAUGAUUCUCAUAACCAGGAACACGUUAUUAAUUAUAACAUUGCUGAAUAUACUUUACAGAAUUUUGUUGAAUGGGUUCACAGUGAAACACGUAUAAAUAUUCAUUAUCAGUCCAUAAAAGUUUGUCUGUUAAAGUUUAUGCAAAAUAAACAUUUUACAGACUUAUUGAAUUUGUUACAGUUGAGCGCAUUGUUUAUAGUUGAUGAAUUAACAAGUGAUAUUGUAAAUAUUAUAGUUUUACAAUGGUUGUCACCGCAGAAAGUAAUCGAAAUAUGGUUAUUAGCAAGAGAGUUAAACAUAAAGGCAUUACAAGAUAUUUGUAUGUCUGUCUGUUUAGAUAGGUUUGAGGAAAUCCCUGUAGACGAGCUUGUCAAAUUAGCCGCAGAUGAUUUUGUUCAGUUUUUAAACAAUGUUAAUAUAAGAGUUUCCUCAAAAUCGUAUUUGCAAAAUAUAAGAAGUAAAUGGAUGGAGCAUCACAGGAAUUCAGAUAUUGCGCAUAUCAAAGAAGGAAGACAACUUAAGUUUAUAAAGGGAACAGUUAUUUGUGAAACGUUCGAAGAUGAGACAAGGAUUGGGUAUUUGUGUACUUGGGACGGUAAUGUUUUAAAUAAAUGUGGACAAUUAAAAAGUAUUCAACAUCCAGACAGAUGGUUAUUUGGGAUGCAAGUUAUUAGCAGAGGUUUCAAUGUGUAUACAGUAGGAGGAAACGUAGGUUUAGGAGGCAUGCAAUUUAAUAAUGUUAUUUCACGUUAUUGUCUUCUAUCUAAAAAAUGGUAUUACGAAUCAACUAUGCCAGUUCCAAGAAGGCAUAUGAUCGCUGUGUUUCUUGGUAACAAGUUGGUCAUAGUUGGUGGUGUGGGAAAGCAUAGAUUAAAAUUGAAUUCAGUCAAUAUUCUUGAUAUUCACACAGGUAUUUGGAAAGAAGGCAUGUAUGUUCCUGAGAGUUUUACCAAUAUUCCUCCUCAUUGUGUUCUAAAUGGAAAAUUGUAUGUGUUGAAAUCAUCCGUUUAUAUUUAUUAUCCCAAAGAAGAUUAUUGGAAAACUAUAUCGAUACGCGAUGAUGAUGUUAUUGAAAGAGUAGAUACAUUUCUUACGUGUAAUACAACGCUACUUUUUGAGGGAGAUGAGGAUUUAGACGAAAUGAUUAUUACGAGAAUCGAGAUUACGAAAGACGACUCUAUUUGUGAAAGAGGAGAAUGUAUAAAACGAUCUUUAGAGCAUAAGGAACUAAGGGCGUAUGUUGUGAAUGUAGAAAGAGAUUGUAGGCUUCAGUUAAGAUACCUGCAGUCCACUAAUAUCGGUAUAAUGAUUUUAAAUAAUGCCUGUCAACAAAAUGAUAAUCGAUAUUUGCAUUUACACACGGAAGAGAGAGACGAGUUCAGACAGUAUAUUUUUCCACAAUAUAGUUGCUUCAAUAUCAUAGAUCCCCGUACUUUGUACGAUACGUGUAAUUAAAAUCUUUUUACUUGAAUACGAUGUAAACGACUUUAUGAAAUCAUAAGGGAAGUAGUGAAAGGAAAAUAAAAAGUUCGCAUCUUUUAUAUUUGAA